UCGCGCGUCCCUGCGUCCCGUGUCGGCCGCCUCUUUCACUAUGGAGGGCUCGCCGCGAGCUUGGGCUGGGGCAUGGCCAGCGAGGCCGUGCGGCGCACCGGCCGAGAGCCGUCGUCGGCCUCGCGCUCGCUCCUCAUGAGCGAGGCCAACCUCGAGCGCCUCGUCGCCAAACUCGCAAAGAUGCGUGGCGCCGCCCUCAAGCUCGGACAGUUCCUCAGCAUCCAAGACACCAAGCAGCUACCGCCGCAGCUCGAGGCCAUCCUGCAGCGUGUCCAGAACAGCGCCAACUACAUGCCCGAGUGGCAGACCGAGAAGGUCCUCGUCGACACGCUCGGCGCCGACUGGCGGUCCCACUUUGACGACUUUGACCUGCGCCCGUUCGCCGCCGCCUCGAUCGGCCAAGUGCACGCCGCCACGCUCUCGCCGACCUCGCCCCUCGCCGAGCAGUACCCGGGCGUCGAGCGUCUCGCCGUCAAGGUCCAGUUCCCGGGCGUCCGCGAGUCGAUCACGAGCGACCUCGCCACCUUGCGCUGGCUGCUGCUCGCGAGCGCCGCCCUGCCACGCGGCCUGUACCUCGACAACACGCUGCGCGUCCUCGGGCGCGAGCUCGACGACGAGUGCGACUAUGUCCGCGAGGCCGAGUGCGGCCGCCGCAUGCGCCACGCCAUCGUCAACUCGCCGCUGCGCGCCGACUUUGACGUCCCGCGCGUCGUCGGCGAGCUGAGCGGGCCCAUGGUCCUCACGACCGAGAUGAUGACGGGCCGCCCGCUCAAGGACGUCCUCGACUUGGACCAGCCGGCACGAGACCUGAUCGGCACGCGCAUCAUCCAGCUCUGCAUGCACGAGCUGUUCGACUUUCGGCUCAUGCAGACCGACCCCAACUGGAGCAACUUUCUCUACAACGCCCAGUCGAACAAGCUCGAGCUCAUCGACUUUGGCGCCACCCGCGAGUACUCGGACGCGUUCAUGUCGCUCUACGAGGGCCUGCUCCGGGCAGCUGUCGACGAGGACCGCGAGGCCGCCUUGCGCUUCUCUCGCGAGCUCGGGUACCUCUCAGGCGACGAGAACGAGGUCAUGCUCGACGCGCACCUCGACUCGCUCUUUGCGCUCGCGACGCCGUUCCGUCCGUCGUCGCCCUCGCCGUUCCCGUUCGGCGACCUCGGCCCGCCCAUCACGGCCAAGAUCCGCGCCCAGAUCCCCGUCAUGCUCAAGCACCGCCUCAGGCCUCCUCCCGAGGAGACGUACAGCCUCAACCGCAAACUGAGCGGCGCUUUCCUCCUCUGCGAGCGCUUGGGGAGCCGGGUCCCGGUCCAGGAGGCGUGGCGGGCCGUCUUGAAAUGA